AUGUCAUCGUUAGCAGCCCCUUAUCGAAUUGGUGUUGAUGUUGGCGGCACCAAUACGGACUGUGUCAUAUUAGAUGUUCGAGCAACGAACGAACCAAAUCGCGGGGUGGUUGCUCUGCAUAAGACUCCAACCACAAGUCCAAAUGUUACCGAUGGCAUUGAAACCGCUGUCCUCAAUAUCCUUGAGCAGUCAAAGGUUCCAAAAGAUCAGAUCGCCUGCCUAACAAUUGGAACUACGCACUUUAUCAACGCCAUAGUGGAACACGAUGCCCGCCGCCUAUCAAAAGUGGCCAUCAUUCGCCUUUCCAAGAGCUUCACAAGAGAGGUCCCUCCAUUCUCUGAUUUUCCACCAGCACUCAAAUCGAUUAUGAAUGGCUAUUACACGUAUGUUGAUGGUGGUCUUACCAUCGAUGGGGCACCGGAAGCACCUAUAAACGAAGCCCAGGUGGUUCAGGAAUGCGAUAAGAUCAGAGAGAUGGGAUUAGAUGCAGUUGUCAUCUCUGGUGUAUUUUCGCCAAUCGACAAACACUUCUACCAAGAAAAUACAGUCCGAAAGAUCGUUCAGAGGGAACUACCUGGCGUGGAUAUCGUUUGUUCAUCGGAGGUAUCCCAGAUUGGAUUCCUAGAACGAGAGAAUGCAUCUAUUCUAAACGCUUCUAUCCUGAAAUUUGCGCGACGCACCAUCCGAGGCUUUAAAUCAACAAUGGGACGCUUGAACUUGGGCUGUUCUUUAUAUCUCACGCAGAAUGAUGGAACUCUGAUUGAUGCACCGUCCGCUGCUAGGCUCCCAAUCCGCACAUUUUCCUCUGGGCCAACAAAUUCCAUGAGAGGAGCUGCAUACCUAGGACUCAGCGGGCAUGAUGACGCUGACGGGGAGCGCACUGCAAUGAUUGUGGUUGAUAUUGGUGGCACAAGCUCAGACGUUGGAGUUUUACUUCCAUCUGGAUUCCCUCGUCAGGCUUCCGCAUACGUUGAAGUAGCAGGAGUGAAACUCAAUUUCGGCAUGCCUCAUGUCGAGUCCAUCGGCCUCGGAGGUGGUUCCAUUGUUCGCCCUAACGGUGUCAAAACUACCAUCGGGCCUGACUCUGUGGGUCAUUACCUUAGCACAAAGGCAACGGUGUUCGGGGGCGACACUCUCACAGCAACAGAUAUAGCUGUAGCUUCUGGGGCGAACAUUGGAGACCCCAAAUUGGUCAAGGACCUUGACAAGGAAGUGGUAUCGGCUGCGCAGGCAAAGAUAAAAUCCUUAUUGGAGGGAGUGAUUGACCAGAUGAAGACUUCUCCCGCACCUUUACCCGUUUUAUUAGUUGGGGGCGGCUCAGUGUUAGCCCCAGCAGAGUUAGACGGUGUGUCGAAAGUCAUCUUCCCUCCAUUCCAUUCUGUUGCGAACGCAGUUGGUGCUGCUAUGUCAAAAGUUGGGGGCACCGUCGACUCGAUUGAGAGUACUGCAGAAAGGUCCGUUGCAGAGGUAAUUGAAGAAGCCAAAUGCACAGCAAUAGAAAAAGCGGUUGCUUCUGGUGCGAUUAGAGAAACAGUGUUACUAGCAGAGGUUGAUGCCAUACCUGUCCAGUAUGUCGCUAACCAAGUGCGGGUUAUUGCGCGAGCUGUUGGUGAACUCUCUCCUAAAGGUGUCCCUACCAUCGACAAUCUGCAAAAUAACGAUGAUGAUAGCGAAGGCGAUGAUAAGGCAUACAACGAAGCCCCUAAGCAGAAUAUCAAAUUUAAUGGAUUCAGCACCGACACUGUUGACGUUGCUACUUACCGGCCGAAGGUGGUGAAAAACCUUGAAACGGGGGUCCAGGAAUGGAUUGUGUCUGAAACUGAUGUUGCCUGGCUUGCCGAUGGGUGCUAUGUUCUGGGAUGUGCUGGUGGAGGCUCGCCGUUUAGUGAACAUAUCCGGAUUCGCGAUCAGAUACGGCAAGGGCACACUAUCCGUAUUAUUGAUCCAUAUUCUGUGAAGAAAGAUGCACUAAUAUACUGGGGAGGUCAUAUGGGUUCUCCAGCAGUCUCUACGGAACGACUAGCAAACAAUGAGACAGAGCAAUCCCUUCGUGCUCUCAUGGAGUAUCUUAAUCAUGACAGCUUCGAUGCUGUAAUGGGAGUGGAAAUUGGCGGCUGUAACGGUAUUCUAUCACUUUCUCUUGGUUCAUCAAAAAACAAUGACCGGCCCGUUGUUGAUGCCGACUGGAUGGGUCGAGCCUACCCAACCUUUUGGCAAACCACCAUCUGUGUCUACCAGCCCGGCGAACUGGUACCUUGUUCUAUCCUUUCUGGUAGCGGGAGCAACCUUAUCAUGAGCAAGUCCGCAAGUGAUGAGCUUGUUGAUCGAGCACUACGAGCUUCCUGUGCUGAAAUGGGUUCCAGUGUAGGCAUGGUGGCCCGUCCGACGACAGGAGACAAGAUGUUGAAAUACGGUAUACUCAAUACUAUGUCCCUUGCAUGGCGUAUCGGACGAUGCAUCGCUCGUGCAAAUGUCAACAACACCCUCAGUACUGUAGCUGAACAGAUAAUUGAUGAAGUUGGUGGCCCCGAGUCUGCCAAAAUUCUCUUCCGGGGAAAAAUUGUUGCAGUUGAAAGGCGGCUGUUCAAGGGUCAUUCAUACGGUGAAAUCACGAUUCAGCAAAUCCUGAAGAAUGAAAUAGAAUCAGACAUUGCAGAGCAACUCUCAGAGGACGCCAGGCGGUCAUCAGCACCCGUAGCCACAGGUGGUGUGCUAAAAAUCCCAUUCAAGAAUGAAAACAUCUACGCCAAACAUAUCUCUGAUGAAGGCGAGGAGAAAUAUGUGGCCAUGGUGCCUGAUCUAAUCUGUGUUCUAGACACGCAGUCUGGAAAGGCACUUGGAAUCCCGGAGUUUAGAUACGGGGUUAUGGUGACUGUCCUGGGGAUUGCAUGUUCACCGCGAUGGUCAGACACAGAGCGAGCCCUGGAAGUUGGUGGGCCGGGAGCAUUCGGAUAUAAAAAUAUCAAGUACGUGCCCCUAGGGAAGUACGUGAAGCCGAAGAGCGUGGUGACGGAAUACGCGGAUGAGUGA